GUGGCGCCCUUUCGGAAUGGAAAUUCCCUAGUUCUGGGAAUUCCCCGGUACGGCAAUAGGAAGAAUGAUGAAAAUCUCAAUCAUUUCAUGAAAAGACGGCAAACAAAACUAAUGGAAUCUCCUACUAAUAAAAGAAGAAGACCAAGAAGAAGAAGCAGAGGUCGACGAGCUGGACAUAAUAGGCCUACUAGAAAGCGUCUUACAAAUGAAACCAGUGUAAUAGAGAGAGCUCUGCGUUCACUGUGUCAAAAUGAUGGGAAACUUAGUCUUGAAAAUCUUGAAAAAAAAGUUGGCGAGUUCGAUCCUGGCCUAGGAAGUUUAGAGGAAAUCAUUGCAGACUUUCACGAUGUCCAUUUCAGGAUCAUGGACUAUGCUGAUGCCAGUGUUUUUGUCGAAGCACACACUCAGGCUAAGAUCUGUCCUUCAUACCUGAAGAAAGAUUGUGAAGAGGGAGAUGCUUGCCAGAACCUACAUUUAUGCGGUUACUUUGCUACAG